CCUCAGGUCGGUCACCGGGGCCCCGCCGUUGCCAAGGGGCCCGUCAGCGCCGCUUUCCCUUCGGCGGCCGCUGCCCGCAGCCAUGGAUAGCGCCGGCAGCUGCUCCGCCGCCUCGGUGCUGGCCGAGCUGCAGUGGGACGAUGGCUACGCCGUGCCUAUGGCCAGCGCGGAGAACAAAGCGCUGGAGGACGAACUGCAGAAGAUACAAAAAGAAAAAAUGAACCUGCAAAAUCAGUUGACUGACUAUGAAGAGCGUAUAGAAGCAAUGGCGUCUCAUUUGAAAAAUGUAAAACAAGAGUUCACCUUCACUCAGUCUCUUUACAAAGCCAGAGAGAAUGAAAUUGAAACUGAACAACACUUUAAAGCCCUUGCUGAAAGAGAAUACGGACAUCUUAAAAAUGAGAUUAAACAAAUGGAAGAUGAGAUAGUUGCCUUAAGAGAAAAGAAAAACAGUCAAGAAAAUACUAUAAAUAAAACCACUAAGAAGUUGGAAAGCUUAAAACAACAGAUGAACUACGAUGAGGAACUUCUGGAGAGAUGGAUAAAGGAAUUGAAUCGUAAAUAUGAUGAUGCUGACGCAAUCCAGAAGUAUGCAGAAAAAGAUGAAGGGAAAAUAGGCGCACUAACCCUUCAAGUAGAAAAGUUAACCAUGCAAGCAAAUCAGAAACGCAGAGCUCUUGAUAAUGAGCGUACAGAAACCACAACUGCUCAGAUAGAGCUUGACAAAACAGCUGAAGAUUUUCGCCGAGUUCACCAGGAAAGGCAAGAAGUCAUCAGGCAGUGGGAGAACGCAAUACAACAGAUGCAAAAAAGAGAUCAACAGAUUAAUCACUGUGCUCUGCUAAUAACAGAGAUAAAACAAGAGAUGCGAAAGAAAAGAAGUGUGCUGAAAGAGAAGACUUCCUUUUUAAUGAAUGAAACUAAUAAUAACAAGGAAUAUGAAAAGAAAAUUUCUUCUGCUAAGCAGGAAGCUACUAGCCUCCGGAAAGAAUAUCAAGCUCAGGAUACUUACAGAGUUCAGCUGGAGGUUGAGCUGGGCGUUUUGAAAUCCAAUGUGGACAGAACUGCUUCUGAUUUGGAGUCUUUAAGAACACAGGUAACCAGUCUUAAGAAGGAAAUUCAGAAAAAAAGCGCCAGAUUAAGCUUUCUUAAAGAAAGAAAUGCAGGUCUUUCCAAUAAGCUGAAGCUUGUGACUGAGAAGACGCUCAGUUCAGAAGACAAUGCCUGGAGGAUGGAAGAAAUGCUAAAGGAAGAAGAGAAAACUGUCAAGGAAAAGGAAACGGAACUGAACAAAUUAAAAGAACAAUUUUUCAAGAAAACUCAGGAGUUAAAGGUGCAGAAGGACAAGGAGAAGUGUGUUCUGGCAGAAAUUGAGGGAUGUCGAACAUCACUUAAACAUCUUAAUAGUCAUCUACACAGACUUGAUGCAGAUGCAUUAAAACAACAGGAGUUAAUGUAUAACCAGGAUUUUUAUAUUCAGCAAGUGCAGAGACGGCUGUCACGGUUAGAAGGGGAGGUUAAUGCAGAAGAAAAACAAGUUUUGGAAGCAAAAAUUGCUGAACUUAAGAAAACCUUAGAAGAAAAGAAAAACACAUGUGAUGUUUUACAUGCACAGCAUAAGAAACUUCAGAGUGAUGUUCAGCUCAUCAAGAGAGCAAUGGAAAAGAGUGGAGAAGAAGCAAAUGGUCUGAUGAUCAAGAUAAAUGAACUAAAUCUUUUCAAUGAGAAAUCAGACCAAGAGUUAAAAAAAGCUAAAGCCAUUAAGCAGGAGAUGAUGAUUGAAGAUAACCUCCUAAAACUAGAAUUGAAACGUCUUCAAGAUACCCUGUGUAAUAAGACAGAGAAAGUUCUAACACUGGAAAAACAAAAAUUGGAGAUAAACAAAGCCAUAGCAGAAAGAACCGAGGAAAUUAAGGUUCAUAAGGCAAUGCUGGAUUCCCAGAUCAGAGUUGUGGAUCAGGAACGGCAACGCAUAAGUGCUGAAUUUCAAGAUCGUCUAAAUAAAAUCGAUAAACUGAGAUGCAGAUAUGAAGUUCUUACUGUUGUCAUGAUGCCACCUGAAGGAGAAGAGGAGAAAACCCAGACCUACUAUGUAAUUAAGGCUGCACAGGAAAAGGAGGCCCUUCAACGUGAAGGUGAUGAUUUAGACGCAAAGAUCUGCAAAGCUGAAAAUGAAAUUGUAGCUCUGGAAAACACUCUGCGCAUACUUAAUAACUGCAACAGCAAUUACCGAAACUCUUUCAAAGAAGUCACUGAGACAAGUGAGGAGUAUGAAGAAAAAUUGAAACUAGAAGAGGAGAAAAGGGCUGCUGAUGAAAAAUACAGAUAUAAACGAAGACAGAUCAAGGAACUUCAGGAAAACCUCCAGAGCAUGGAAAAAAAUUUGGAUAUACUACUGAAGCAGGAGGCCUUAUUCCAAGAGCAAAAGAAGGAAAAACAAGCUGUUAUAUUACAGCUGAACAAAGACAUAGAAGAACAGAAGCCAAAACUAGAAAGGGUUAUAAAACAGUGUUCCAGGCUAUCCAGAGAAAUUCAGUCUCUAAAGAAAACUAAAACAGAAACACAGGAAGAAAGAGACAUCAAUCUUCGUGCCUUGAAAAACUUCAACAAAACCAUCAACAAAGUGUUAGUCGAUGUUCUAGAAGCAAAUCCUGAUUUAACUACAUCCUUUCAGAAGUACUUUCACCAGUUCAAUUUAGAGCUGCCUGCAAUUGCUUCUGUUGGUGGUAGUCAAAGUUCCCGAUCGCCAUCCACACAAAGCUCACUAGCUUCUAGCAGAUCCUCCAGAAGCACAAGUUCAGGCUCUAGUCGGACUUCAUUAAUCAAAGUCAUAGACCUGAGCCUAUCUGUCGACAUUCCUGCAGAAGCAGCUGCUUCCAGUUCACAGCCAUCCAGUAGAACUAGCAACUCUGACAGUUAAAACCAAGAAAGAAAUCCUAAGUAAUCUUAUGAAGGUGACAGUGAAGGCUUUACACUAUUUAAGGCUUCUAAAUUGGUUAAGUCGCAGCUUAAUUGAUACAGGUCUACUAGCAAUCGUAGCACUUCUAUCUGAAACACGUUUUAACUUCCAUCUAAAGUAUGCAAUAUAUUAUUUAGUUUAAACAUAUGUUUUACAUAAUAAAUUAAUCUUUAAAUUACUUUAUUCUUUUGCUGUUGGAUAACAAAAGAUCUACAAAACCCUUCAGAAACCCUUCAUUCACAUUCUUAAUGAAAAUGGCUUUGACAUAGUUAACUACCCUUAAUUUUAGUAAAAUUACUGCUGCCUCAAAGCUUUAACAGGUAAGGUACUCCCAAGUAGUCAGCUGACCACAGUAUGCUUAGUCUGUACUUGCAAAAGCUAGAGUAGAGGCAGUAAUGAUGUAAAAGAAGCAACAAGAUUAACCCUCAUAACAAAGAUCUUAGUUUUUAAGUAUUUUCCCUCCUUAACAGCAAUAUGGAGCACUUGCAAAAACCAGGUAGUAGUAUUUACACUUUGGUUCCAUGUCAGCCUUGACUUUUAAACAAAUGGUCAUUUCAGAUCAUAUCUUAAUCAAAAGAUGAUGACAAUAUAAAAUUAAAGUCAGUAAAACUGUACUACUUUGCAAAAUUACACAGUACCUUUUUGGCAACUGACAUAUAAGGAAUUAUUCUGAAAACUUGGAUGGGUAUUGUAUAGUCAGCCAGAUGUUAGCUGUUACUUCAGGGUUUUUUUGUUUUUUUUUUUAACAACAGAGAAUGUGUUUGAUGUGCUUAAAUAAUAUAAUACAUGUGCUUUCUCACAGAUGAUGGGGGUUCAAUUCACUUACGCAGCAUAUAUAACCAGUGCACCAGCAUCAAACAUCCCAGCAACAUAAACAAAACCAAGACACAAAAUUAAGAAAAUUUAAUGAUGAAAUGAGCUAUAUACAUUGAUGGAAUAUGAGUGUCAUUUACUUAUUCCCCUUCAAUACCUGGAAGCUAAAGUUUGAUACAAAAAUAGUUAACAGUCAAUUGUACCCCAUGGGAAGAAGGGGG